AUGUCUGAGCUGUCAUACAAGAGUCAGGACAAACUGCCCUGGACAACUGGAAGGAGGGAGAAAAGGAGGGAAAUCAUAAGAAGAGUGAAGAAAAUACAAAAACACACAAGCCAGAAAACAGAGGGGAAAGGUCCAAGUAAAAAGCCUGGCAUGCGCAAAGCAGAAGAGGUAAUCUCCCGCAUCCUGUACCCGAUCUUAGAGGAGGUGGACUUUGUGGUGGGGUACAUGGAUCGCUUCCUAGGAGUCCUGGAGCGCCCCUUCUCCCAGUUCAACUGGGACGCCGACCCAUGUGACUGUGACUACACCACUGAGCUGGCCCUGCCCCAACACAUGAUACAGUACUUCACCCACAGAGGGCGCCGUGUCUGGGACCGCAACACCAGGACGGACAGAGUGUUCUGUUCUACUGGGAACCCUCUGGCGCCCCCCUUUGGAGGGGAGGAGGAAGUGACGGAGGUCCUCAAACCCGGCUUGCUCAGCUCUGAUUUAGUAAUUAGAUCCAAGUUGAGGUCCGGCCCCGACAGAACUUGUGUAUGUGCUUUACAUGUCUCGGACUAGCCUGUCCCUCUGGAGCAGAGAGAAGAGAGGAGUGGGCGUCGACCCCCCCCCAAACGCAAGCCCACCCACUUCAUCACCUUCAGAGCCAACACCCCCUCUAUCCUCUCCUCCUUUCAACGCCUUCAGGAGGAGCUGGUGGCCCUCCUCCCCUCCUCCACCCCCUACUGGGUGCCCCCCUCCAGCCUCCACGUCACCCUGUGCCUCCUGGUGUUGCCCGGCCCGGCCGAGGUCACCGCUGCCGUGGAGAUCCUCCGUCGGUUCGCCCACCUGGACCGCAACCCCCCCGUGGCUCUGACCUUCCCCCUGAAACUGAAGCACUUCAAUGGGAAGGUGCUCUACUUGAGCCCCCAGCCUCAGCUGCACCUCCAGCAGCUCAACAGCGGCCUGCAGGAGGCCUACAUGGAGCGGGGCUGGCUGCACAGGGACUCCUACAGCCCUCGCUACCACCUCACCCUGGCUAAGGUGAACUGGCCGGAGCGAGAGAGGCUGUUUGAAGGGGUGGGGGACCUGAGGGCUGGGAAGGGGUUGAGUUUUGGACGUUUGCCAGUGAACAGGCUGCACCUGUGUGGCAUGGGCAUGACCGAGGAUGGGUUUUAUGACACGGUGUGCACGGUCACUCUUCGCUGA